GCCUGUCUCUAACCUGUCUGUCUGUCUGUCUGUCCCCAGGCCUGUCCAAGCGUCUGCUGCGUCUCCUGUCUCACUGUGAUUCCGACCCCCCAGGUGUGGAGGACAGACAGGUGUCAGAGCGUCUGUGGGUUCUCUUCCUGUCGGCGGUAGAGAACUUCCUGUCUGACCUCCAUAAGGCCUGCGAUCUGAUUGGACGGUUCCCUCUGAGGCAGCGCCAUGACAGACGCUCACUAGUCAACACAGGGUGUACUGAUGGCGUGGUGGGGGUGGCAGCCCGGGUGGCAUUGGUCCAAGCUCCGUGGGUGACCCUGGAGGAGCAGCCGAGCCCAGAUCUGACCAAUCACAUCGCAGGACUGGAGGCCCUGCUGACCGAGCUGCAGCUGAGGGUUCCUGUGGCGUUCUGGGAGGUGGAGGCGACCCAGCCUGCGUGGGUCGAAGGUCACGGCGACCCUAACGACCCUGACGUCACCCUGGAGGAGCUGAUGGAAGUUGAGGUCGUCUCCAACAAGAUGGCGGCGUGUUGCCAGCCAGCGUGCUGCUUGCUGGGCCGGGUCGGGUAGGGGGGGUUUGCUGCGUACUGGGCC